AACCGGGUUACAGGUGUUUCCACCUACAACCCUUCCGAUUACUUUCACUUAAGUAUUUGCGUGGUAAUUUACACCAUCAAAUUGGCGCCGACCGUGGGGCCCAUUACAAAAGUCAUGGCAACCAACCAGGAAACUGUGAUCUCACAAAUUUCUACUCCCGCUGAGAACGUCACUUCGUUCCUGGGAGGAAGUACCCAACCGUCAAGCCAGAUUCCUACCCCCAUUAUCACCAUUCCACCACCUAUCCCAUUCACUUCCCCCACGAACCCCGUGCCUGUUUUUCCUUCAAAUUUCCCCGGACCCCUUGAUCCAAUGUACAGCCAGGCUCUUCAGAGUUUUGGACAUUUAAUGUCCAUGUUUCAGCAACCGGGAGGAUUUUCACCUUUUAUUCCAGGAUUGUACCCACAAUCCUCGCCUCAAACUAACAUCAUUUGCCCGGUCGUCCCGACAAACCUAAUCGGGGAGAUGGACAAAGCAGGUCCAUCCCGAUCCAGAAGGAGCCAGUCCCGCAGGUCGCAGACGAAGGUGACCUCGGAUGGGGAUGUGCGUUCAGUCCAUAGCAAAGACGAGGAUUGGGAUGUUCCCCAAGAGCUCAAAAAAUUGAAGGGAAAGGCCGUUCAACCAGAAGGCUCUAGGAGGUCGGCCUUUCAAAGGCUGGGACACGAUGGCCGAAAUCAAAACCGAUCAGCAAAGGAGCGGUUGGGGGUGGAGACCAUUCCGGCUAGUGCCCUUAAUCGUGUAGGGGGACGAGCCGGACGACCUGGUCAGACAAGGCGAACGGAACCACCCCCACGAGAUGAGCCCCAGCACAGCCGGGCACCACGAGAGGAGGAAGCAGAAAGCCACCCCAGGCACACAAAUCGUACCCUUGUUGAACCACGGGAUCGUGUGGGCCGGGUUGAGGGACGUCUGGAGAAACUACAGCGCCGGGUAGACCGGGAGGAAAAGAAGAAAAUCCUGUUGAACGAAUCCCCAAUCACAGAUCGGGUUCAUGAAACCCCAUUUCCAAAGAAGGCAAAACUUGCGGUCCCAAAGUUCACCGGGAAGGAGGACCCGGAAAUUCACGUCAAAACCCUCCAUCAAAGCGGGCGGAUGAUGGGUCUUUCCGGGGAUGAGAAAUGUUUGCUUUUCUUUCAAACCCUCCGCGGCCGCGCCGCUGAAUGGUUUCAUAACUUACCGGCCGGUGAAAUCGACUCUUUCGAUGAACUGGCUGAGGUGUUUCAAGAAAAGUUCAAAGAAAACUGUACCAAGAGGAAAAAAUUUACCUACUUGAGUACAGCCGGGCAGCGAGAGCACGAGGAUCUGACAAAAUUCCUUACCCGGUGGAAGGAUGAGGUUGACAAGGUGGAGGAGAUGGACGACAAAACAGCCAUGUCCCUCCUUGUGUCUGGGCUCCGAUCCGGAGAGUUGUAUAAGGAAUUCUGCAGGAGGCCUCCCCAGUCCUACCAGGAGGCCUACAACACAACUUGGGAUUAUGCUGACGCUGAAGCACAGGUGUCAUCCAAAAGGGAGGCCGAGCAGGGCCAUCCCAAAGGAAAGAUUUCCUUGAAGAAGGAAAUUGAACUGCCCGGUAGAGCAAAGGCUGAAGUCAUGGAGGUAAAGCCGGUCAAAUCAGAGAAGAAACCGACCGGCGAAAAACAAUGGACGGAGAAGUAUUGCUCCUUCCACAAAACUGAUUCCCAUAACUUUGCGGAGUGCAACAGUGUGAAGGGAGUAAUUAAGCAGAUGAUUGAGGCCGGGGAGAUUGAUCCGGAAUAUUUGGCCCAAGCCAAACAAAAGAAAAACCAAUGGGUUAGGCCUGAAGGACAGCCGGCCGAACAGAACAAGAAGAAGAAAGCAGCCGGCAAGGAGCAUUUACAGCUUGAGCCCUUAAAGACUCCCCUGUCUGGGUUUACCGGGGACUCAGUCGAAGCUGAAGGGUCGAUCCUUCUAACCCGUGAGCUGGGCACAGGCGAGCAGGUCGUCCAAAAACAAAUGAGGUUUGUGGUUGUGAACAUCAAAUGUGUUCACAAUGCCAUUUUGGGCCGGCUUGGGAUAAACAAGGUCCGUAGGACAAGUCAGAGGAGAUCAAAAGAAGGCCCGACAUUGCUAUUUGGAAGCUGUAACGAAAAUGACGAAGGCCUUUGAGAGAGUCACUUUGGUCUCUCAGGAGGAAGACUGGUCAAAGUUAGAGCCGGGUGAUGAAACCGAGCAGAUUGUUCUCCGGGAAGCUUUCCCAGAAAGAAUGGUACGGAUUGGCAGAGAUCUGCCCGGAGGACUUCGAGAUGAAAUCAUCUCAGUCCUUCGGGAAUAUGCAGAUAUUUUUGCGUGGAGUGUGGCGGACAUGCCGGGCAUUAACCGUUCUG